ACUAUGAUGCAUCUCCAGGCCAAGCCAGAGACCGUGAUGAGCAGCCUUGCCAGUCUGGUCCGAGUGGAUGGUGUGCAUGUGAGGCGGACCCGCACAGUAGUAUGUUGUCCAUUGGGCCUCGAUUCUCCUUACUCAUCCCCAAGAAACGACUAACCCUGGCUCUGGUGGUGUUCACCUUGAUCCUCCUCUAUUGGAACUGGCACACGCCCGCGCUCCAGUCCCGAGUUGGCUCUCGAACCGUACAAUCCGUCACGGUUGGCCCCAUUGCUUCCAUCUUCAACCAGGUGCCCGCCCGGGGGUGCACCUACCCUCGAUUCAUUUUCACGGCCCAAGAGCGAUUUCUGGCCGGCGGUGCUUUGGGUGGUCAGCUUGGGGAAGACGACAACGACGAUCCCACGGCUCGAGCUCGAGUCGGUCCCAAUCCUCAGCUGCAGGCGGGUGCCAAUUACUCGGUCAUUUACAACUUUGCCUCGCCCCAGCCCAAUGCCAAUUCGUUCCGUUUAGUCCAUUAUGACGGCAAUGAUACGUACACGGAUGAGCCCGCGGAUAUCGAAGAGCUUAUAGAUGAGGAUCACAUCACUUAUGUGACCCAUGCCACGCCCGAGUUUUUGAGCACCAAUUUGAUCCAACUCCUGGAUCAUUGGCCAUCCGCUCCGUUGAGCGUGUCGGUUUUCGCUCCGGGCCAAGAUUUCUGCGCGGCCACGGCCUUGAUCUCGUGGUUGUGGACCUGUGAACCGCGUGUCAGGCGUCAGGUGUCUUUUCAUAUUAUUUUCCCCAGUGAUUUGGCCAAUGAUAUCGCCGUGAAAACCGCCACCGAAGGCAUCCGCAUCCUUGACGCCAAUUGCGAUCAAGCGCCCGUUUUGAGUGAGGAGACGUUUCGGAGCCGUAAAUUGAUUCCCUAUCCGGUCAACACGGCUCGGAAUGUGGCUCGCUCGGUGGUGAGAACGAAAUACUUUGUUACCUCAGAUAUUGAGCUCUUUCCGUCGCCGAAUUUGAGCGCCAACUUUGUCAAAUUUUUGAGCACUUCAGCUCAAGCCCACAAGUUGUUGGAGAACCCGGAGAAGUCGCCCGUGGCGUUUGUCUUGCCGAUUUUUGAAAUCGCCAAGAACGUCCCGUAUCCCAAGAACAAGGCCGAACUGGUCAAAUUGUACAACAAGAACGAGUCUGUGUAUUUUCAUGCCAAUUUCUGCCGACACUGCCAAAGGUUUCCCGGUUUAGAGGAGUGGGUUCAACCUUUCAAGAUCAGAAAAGACAAGAAGAAGAGGGCCAAGAAGAUCAAAGCGGGCGAGAGUCUGACAAUUUCGAUUGCCCACGUUUCCAAGCGAGAACCACCCUACGAUCGUUGGGAACCAAUUUACAUUGGCACUCAAGAUGAUCCCCUCUAUGACGAACGGCUCUCCUGGGAGGGCUUUCAGGACAAGAUGAGUCAAAUGGUCGAGCUGUGUCUACGAAAUUUCACCUUUGCUGUGCUCGACAACGCCUACCUGAUUCAUAAGCCCGGGAUCAAAGUGAAAACUAGUCAGGACGGGAAAUUAACCGAGCCGUGGAGGAUUUCCUUCGUUGAACGAAACGAGCAAGUGUAUCAAGUGCUGCUCAAAGAGUUGGCCGAUAAAUACGGUGGAUUAGGUCAUUGUAAACGCGUGGAACCUUCCACCAGCACGUGA